ACGCAGUGUGGUUUCAUCUUUAAAAGGUUCCUUAUCUUUCUUGGUAUCAUAACUUGUCAUAUUCGUCAUACCAACAAAAGGGAAAAAAAAAAUGGGAAAUUUUCGUUGGAAUUAUGCAGCGCUCAUCUUUCUGUUGAUGCCUUGUUUCUUUGCAUUGGAGACGAUAGCAUCAACAACAACGGAAGCUGAAGCUCUUCUGAAAUGGACGAGCGGCCUGUCAAUGUGUGACGACGGGUCCUCUUUUCCACUCAAUUCAUGGUCACUAUCCAACCUAAGAAACCUUUGUAAUUGGAGGGGCAUUGUCUGCAAUGGUGGUGGAGCUGUCUCUCAGAUCAAUCUUCCUUAUGCUCAUCUCUGUGGUACUCUUCACCACCUCAAUUUUACUUCUUUUCCCAGCCUCACUGGUUUCAACAUCAGUGGUAACUACAUCAAUGGAUCAAUCCCUCCUGCCAUUGGUCAUUUAUCCAACUUGGUCUUCUUGGACUUGAGCUACAAUAGGUUUGAUGGAAGCAUACCGCCACAGAUUGGGAACUUGACGGAGCUUCAGUACCUGGACCUUAGUGGCAACGAUAUGAGGGGAGUUAUUCCUCAUCAGAUUGGAAACCUUCAAAAGGUAUGGUUCCUAGACUUUGGGUAUAAUUGGUUUUUAGAUGCUUCUGACUGGUCGUCUAAAGUUAAGAGUUUUCCUAUGCUGAGACAUUUCAGUUUGGCCGGGGGUACAUGUACAUUGAUAUCGUUUCCUGAUUUUAUACUAUCUUCUCGCAACCUAACUUAUCUUGAUUUGAGUGAAACUAGUUUGAAUGGAUCAAUCCCUGAGUCAUUGUUCACCAACUUGGAGAAGCUUGAGUAUCUCGAUCUUUCUUACAAUGAAUUUUCUGAGCCUUUAUCACCUAACAUUAACAAUCUGUCUAGCCUCGAACAUCUUCUACUGUCAUACAAUCAAUUCCAAGGUGAAAUCCUAUAUUCUAUAGGCCAACUCAAAGAUCUUCAAGUCUUGGACAUUAGCCAAAAUCUCUUGAAUUCAACUAUUCCUUCAUCACUGUCAUCUUUGACCAAAUUGUCUAAUCUGGACUUAUCAUCUAAUUUUAUUUCCGGUAAUAUUUCACCCCAUCUCAUCUCCAAUUGGACCAAGCUAACAGUUUUGAGGCUUGAACACAAUUCCUUCAAUGGCAGUAUUCCAUCUAAAAUUGGUUUGCUCACAAAUCUUGAAUACCUUUCCUUGUAUGGAAAUAAGUUCCAUUGCACCAUUCCACCCCAAAUAGGAAACUUGCAGAAUUUGUAUGUGCUAGACUUAUCAGACAACCACUUCUAUGGUCCAAUACCUCAUACAAUCGGAAACCUCACAAGGCUCAAAUUUCUUACCCUUUUGAACAACAAUUUUAAUGGAAUACUUCUACCACAGAUAGGAAAUAUGCAAGAAUUGAAUGAGCUGGACUUGUCUGAAAACAACCUCUUUGGUCUAAUACCUGAAACAAUUGGAAACUUGCAUCGUUUGACUCUUCUAGACUUCCAAAACAACAGCUUCUUUGGUCCAAUACCACAAGCAAUUGGAAACCUCACUGGCCUUUCUAAUAUAGUGCUUUCCAAUAAUAAUCUCACCGGGAUGUUGCCACCUCAAAUAAGAAACUUGAAAAGUUUGGAAAAUCUAGAAUUGUCAAAAAACAAUAUCUAUGGAACACUUCCACCUCAAAUAGGAAACUUAUUGGAUUUGUUUAUUCUAGACUUGUCAAGAAACAACUUUUAUGGUCCAAUACCUCAAAUGAUUGGAAACCUCACACAACUUGGUGCCCUACGCCUUUCCACAAACAAUUUCAUUGGUACACUUAUGUUUGAUAGUGGAAAUCCAACAUCAAAUCUUAUCUCUUCAACCAUUUGCAAUUUACGUUCUCUCAUAAUUUUGGAUUUGGCAAACAAUUUGUUUACUGGGCCAAUACCUCAAUGUUUGGUAAACAUAGAUCUGUCUGUGUUAGAUUUGCACCAAAAUCAAUUUUAUGGGCCAAUCCCAACACAAUUUAAGGAUUGCAACUCAUUGAGCAGACUUAGUUUGUAUGAUAACCAAUUAGAGGGUGCAGUGCCACGAUCUUUAAUCAAUUGUAAAGGGUUAGAAGUUCUUGAUCUUGGACACAACAAUUUGAGUGGUACAUUUCCAAUGUGGUUAAGAGAUAUUCCAAAUCUAAAGGUUCUUAACUUGAUACGAAGAUCAAAGGGUAUUUAUUUCCUCAACUUCGUGUCUUCGAUCUCUCUUACAAUGAAUUUUCUGGGGAUUUGCCCAUAUGGUUUUUCAAGGAUUUUAGUGCCAUGACAAGUGUUGAUAAUUAUAGAAUACCACAAGACAUAUAUCAAGACUACUUUAAUUGUAGCCUUUUCCAUAGUGGUUGUUCAAAUAAUGAGCGUAUUAUAUAUCACUAUGGAGAUUCUAUGGUGGUUGAAAUAAAGGGGCAAGAGCGUCAGCUUGUAAGUACAAUAUUCAUUUUGUACAGUGCUAUUGAUCUCUCAUGCAAUAAAUUUGAAGGCCAUAUUCCAAAUAGCAUCGGAGAUCUUCUUGCACUACGUGAGUUAAAUCUAUCACAUAAUAUGUUCACUGGCUUCAUCCCAGCGUCUCUUGGAAAUUUAUCUGUGCUUGAAUCCUUAGACCUUUCUUCAAAUCAAAUUGGCGGACCAAUCCCUGGGCAAUUAGGGAGUAUUUCAUCUCUUGAAGUGUUGAAUCUCUCACAUAAUAAGCUUGUGGGAUGCAUACCUCAAGGCAAACAAUUCAAUACAUUUGAAGCAAAUUCAUAUCAAGGGAAUGAUGGAUUGAAAGGAAACCCUUUAUCACGAGGUUGUGAGAAUGACAUGAGACCGAAACUUCCUACACCAAAGGAUCUCCACUAUGAAGAUGAUUCUAGUUUUUUGAGCGGAUUCACGGUAAAAGUUGUGGCAAUAGGGUACGGUUGUGGUAUUCUUUUUGGAUUAUUCAUGGGAAGUCUCAUGCUCCUAACUGGAAAGCCAGAAUUCAUUACAAAGUUUGUUGAAGAAGAAGCAUACAAACUAGCAAUGAAGGUCAAA